AUGUUUGGUUAUAAGGGUCGAGAAUGGUGCCAACAACACCUUGAGAUCGUCCAAACCUCAAAUGUGUCGGAGGCUCGCGGUCUCAUCGUCGAUAUGUUGGCCAAUCGUGAUCUUCCACCCAACGUGUCCUCAUGUCUUCGGGCUGUUGCAUCGCUUCUGAAUCCGCACACAAUACGACAUUUCGAUCCCCACGUAACUAGAGUCUUAUUUACUCGGGCUUCUUAUGGAGAUCAAAUUCUCAAGAAUUUGAAUUAA